AUGAAUGCAGCGUUGAGAGAAAUAAUUUUGAGAAAAUGUAGGAAGACAUUUAAACCUGUUCAGUCGUACGAUGAAGAGGAAGAAUGGGAAGAAGGCGAAGGAUUAAUUGAUUUUGAUAAAGAAGAAUCGAUAGAGGAAUUACCUCUAGAAGAUAUUUUAGCGGAGAAACGUCGUAAAUAUACUGUCAGAGACGAAUUUAUUUCUUUGCUUUACAAUGACUUGCUACAGUUUUUCAUAAAAGAAUGGGAUGGAAAAAUUUUGAGAAAGAAACCUAAGAAGAGGGUUGAUCAAUCUCCGAAUACAUCGUCUGAAGGGGAGGAGGAUUUUGAAGAGUAUUUAACUGAAUCAAACAAUAAUGACACUGAUUUUGUAGAGCAAGAUGAAGAGACGUCUAAAUCGAGUUCUAGCAUGUUUUGGAAAGUUACAGUCCCGGAUGAAUUUGCAAAUAUUAGGUUCAUUAGUAAUAGCACCUAUAGUGGUCGCAUUAGUAGGAGAAUGAUGGAAGGAAAAGGGGUUUAUAGAUGGCCCAAUGGUGCCCAAUACAAAGGAGAUUUCGAGCAAAAUCGUAUGCAUGGAAAAGGUUUGCUAGAAUGGAACAGUGAUUGCUGGUACGAAGGUGAAUUUGCAAAUGGUUAUCGACAUGGCAGAGGAAUUAUGGUGGAUGGAGAAAAUCGUUACAUGUACACAGGGAAAUGGAACAUGGGUUUGAGACACGGUAAAGGGUAA